AUGGCAGCGAGGCUUGUCAUCCCCAUCCUCCUAGUGCUCCUUGUCGUCUCCCAUGUAGCCCUCGCCUCCAUCGUGGAGGAGACGUGCGCGAAGGUGGAAAACAUAUCGCUCCGCAAGGAACUAGAGGCCGUCUGCGUGACCACGCUCCAGGCGGCACCGGGGAGCGCCACCGCCGACACACGCGGGCUGGCCGUGAUCGCCACGAACCUGACGCUGGUCAACUACACGGCGGCGGUGGCCACGAUCAAGGACCUGCAGCGGCACGGCGGCUGGACGGACGGCCAGCAGGCUGCGCUGGCCACGUGCCGUGAGCGGUACACCGAGGCGCUCAACGCGAUGCAUAGCGCCGUCCACGCGCUGGCCACGGGGCAGAAGCGGGCAUACGAGGACAACAUGGUCGCCGCCAGGAGGGCCUCCACCGACUGCACCGCCGCGGUCGUGGCCGCGGAUAAGGAGGGUUCGCCUCUACGCAAGGUGAACGCCGACGCCGAGCACCUCACCGUCGUGGCCAUGGUGAUCUUUUUCUUGUUGUACUUGUAGCAAGCAGGAUACCUGUGGAUCUUGCCGUGUGACCUGUGUUAGAUAGAUCGAUAGAUCUAUGAAAAUAAAAACAGUAAUUGAA